AUGGCUGCUGCUCGACCAGUAGUUUCCGUUUACGGCGCUGAUGGCUCUGCCACCGCUGAACAGAUCAACCUCCCAGCCGUCUUCAAGGCUCCCAUCCGAACUGAUGUCGUCCAGUUCGUCCACUCCAACAUCGCCAAGAACGCUCGACAGCCAUACGCUGUCUCUGCCACCGCUGGUGAACAGACUUCUGCCGAGUCCUGGGGUACUGGCCGAGCUGUUGCUCGUAUCCCCCGUGUCCGAGGUGGUGGUACCUCCCGAUCUGGUGCCGCUGCUUUCGGUAACAUGUGCCGAGGCGGUCGAAUGUUCAACCCCAACAAGACCUGGCGAAACUGGCACCGACGUGUCAACGUCACCCAGCGACGAUAUGCCACCGUCUCUGCCAUCGCCGCCACCGGUAUCCCAUCCCUCGCCAUGGCCAAGGGACACGUUGUCAACAACGUCCCUGAGUUCCCACUCGUUCUCGACUCUUCCGUCGAAGGUUUGAAGAAGACCAAGGCCGCCGUCUCCGUCCUCAAGAAGGUCGGCGCCAUCGACGACAUCUACCGAGUCAAGGAAACCCGACGAUUCCGAGCCGGCCGAGGAAAGAUGCGAAACCGACGACGAGUCCAGAAGCGAGGUCCACUUGUCGUUUACCAGAACGACGACGGUAUCGUCCAGGCUAUGCGAAACAUCCCCGGCGUUACCCUCCUCCCCGUCGACCAGCUCAACCUCCUCAAGCUCGCCCCAGGUGGCCACGUUGGACGAUUCACCAUCUACACCGCCAACGCUUUCAAGGCUCUUGACACCGUCUACUCUUCUGCCAACAAGAAGGGCUUCUCCAUGCCACGACCCAUCCUCGCCAACGCUGAUCUCCAGCGAAUCCUCCAGGCCGAUGAAAUCAAGGCUGCCCUCAAGCCCCGACGAUCUGCCACCAAGCGAUCCACCGUCAAGAAGAACCCACUCAAGAACAUCAAGACCAUGCUCAAGCUCAACCCUUACGCCGCUGUUCAGAAGCGAGCCGCUUUCAACAAGGCCGCCAAGAACGCUGCCGAGAAAGCUGCCAAGGCCAAGUAA